CCCUAGGCCUGCAAGUCACUGCCUGGAGGCGGAAACAAGUGGGCGGGGCACCGUAGCCCCGCCCCGGAAGUAGGCGGAACACCGCGCCCCCUAAAGUCGCCCCGCAGUCUUCCAGUCGGAUUGCGGCCGGGGCCGGUCCUGGCUUUGUAGCUCGCUCAAGAUGGCGGCGCAGCCACCCAGCGGGAUCCGCCUCAGCGCGCUUUGCCCGAAGUUUUUACACACAAAUUCUACUAGUCAUACCUGGCCGUUCAGUGCAGUUGCUGAAUUAAUAGAUAAUGCUUAUGAUCCUGAUGUGAAUGCUAAACAGAUAUGGAUUGACAAAACAGUGAUAAAUGACCAGAUAUGCUUGACAUUUACUGAUAAUGGGAACGGGAUGACAUCAGAUAAGUUGCACAAAAUGCUCAGCUUUGGCUUCAGUGACAAAGUUACCAUGAAUGGUCAUGUCCCAGUCGGAUUGUAUGGGAAUGGCUUCAAGUCGGGCUCUAUGCGCUUGGGUAAAGAUGCAAUUGUUUUUACCAAAAACGGAGAAAGUAUGAGUGUGGGCUUCUUAUCGCAGACCUACUUGGAAGUCAUCAAAGCAGAACAUGUGGUUGUCCCAAUCGUCGCAUUCAACAAGCAUCGGCAGAUGAUUAAUUUAACAGAAUCAAAAGCGAGCCUUGCUGCAAUUCUAGAACAUUCUCUGUUUCUGACGGAACAAAAGCUUCUGGCAGAACUUGAUGCGAUUAUGGGUAAGAAGGGGACACGGAUCAUCAUUUGGAAUCUUAGAAGCUACAAAAAUGCAACAGAGUUUGAUUUUGAAAAGGAUAAAUAUGACAUCAGAAUUCCUGAGGAUUUAGAUGAGACCACAGGGAAGAAAGGGUACAAGAAGCAAGAAAGGAUAGACCAGAUUGCCCCUGAGAGUGACUAUUCCCUGAGGGCUUAUUGCAGUAUAUUAUAUCUAAAGCCAAGAAUGCAGAUCAUCUUGCGUGGACAGAAAGUGAAGACACAGCUAGUUUCAAAGAGUCUUGCCUACAUUGAACGUGAUGUUUAUCGACCUAAAUUUUUAACUAAAACAGUGAGAAUUACUUUUGGAUUCAACUGCAGAAAUAAAGAUCAUUAUGGGAUAAUGAUGUAUCACAGAAAUAGACUCAUCAAAGCUUACGAAAAAGUUGGAUGUCAGCUAAGGGCAAACAACAUGGGUGUUGGAGUAGUUGGAAUUAUAGAGUGUAAUUUCCUGAAGCCAACUCAUAAUAAGCAAGAUUUUGACUACACUAACGAGUACAGGCUUACGAUUACAGCACUAGGAGAAAAACUGAAUGAUUACUGGAAUGAAAUGAAAGUGAAGAAGAAUGCAGAGUACCCUCUGAAUUUGCCAGUUGAAGAUAUACAGAAGCGUCCUGAUCAAACAUGGGUUCAGUGUGAUUCCUGUCUAAAGUGGCGAAAAUUACCAGAUGGGAUUGAUCAACUUCCAGAAAAAUGGUAUUGCUCCAAUAACCCUGACCCACAGUUCAGAAACUGUGAUGUUCCUGAAGAACCUGAAGAUGAAGAUUUGGUACAUCCCACAUACGAGAAAACCUACAAAAAGAACAACAAGGAAAAAUUCAGGAUCAAACAGCCAGAAGUGAUUCCUCGGAUCAAUGCCGAGCUGUUGCAUAGGACAACUUCCAUGCCAAGUCAGAGCUUUUCUCCUGCAAAAGAAAGUGUUCCAAGAGCACAUCUUACAGAAGCAGUGAAUUCUUACCCAACAAGACUUCUGAAUAAUCACCGCAUUUCACCCCAGUCCGACCCUGAGAACAGCAACCUGAAACGGAGACUUCCUAUUCGUUCCUCAAUUUUGAAUGCAAAGAAUCGGAGAUUAAGUAAUCAAACAUUUGAAAAUUCUUUCAAAAAUGAUGAUGAUGAUGAUGAAGAUGUCAUCAUCUUAGAAGAAAACAGUACUCCUAAACCUGCCGUGGACCCUGAUGUGGAAGCCAUACCGGAGCAGAGUCACUUUAAACAGAGUGGCAUCCAAGUUGAGAUUGUGGACGACGCUGAGCCUUGUGGCCAGACUAGUUCCACAAGCACCUGCUCGUCCCGGUGUGACCAGGGCACUGCUGCAGCCACCCAGACCGAACCACCAAGUUUAAUUGUUAAAAAGGAAGAAAGUAUUGAGGAUGAGAUAGACGUAAGAAACGACACAGUGAUGCUGCCUGUCUCUGUGGAUGCCGGUGCGCAGAUACAGGACACCCAGGAAACCUUUGACAAGUCUGUGGAGAGCGCUGGCUGCCAGUUACAAGUACUGAGAAAUGAACUCCUUCUAGUCUCCCAAGAAAAAGACAGCUAUAGGAGACAGUGUCACAUGUUUACUGACCAAAUCAAAGUAUUACAGGAGAAGAUCCUAGAAAUGAAUGACAGAUACGUCAAGAAGGAGCUUUGCCAUCAAUCUACUGAAACUGAUGCUGUAUUUUUACUUGAAAGUAUUAAUGGCAAAUCUGAAAGCCCAGACCACAUCGUCUCUCAGUAUCAGCAGGCUUUGGAAGAAAUAGAAAGGCUGACAAAGCAGUGUAGUGCUUUGCAACACGUGAAGGCCGAAUGUAGUCAGUGUUCCAGUCUUGAGAGUAAAAGGGACAUGGACGAAAUGGCUCUGCAGCUUGACGAUGUGUUUAGACAGCUGGACAGGUGCACUGUUGAGAGGGACAAGUACAAAAGCGAGGUUGCAUUAUUGGAAGCGGAAAAAUCACAAAUUCAUUCCCAGUGUGAACAACUCAAAACAGAAAUUGCACAGUUAAAAUCCUCAAGGCAACAGAUAGGAGCAGAUGUUUCAACUUCAAGUAACGUUGAGGAGCCUGUAAAUUACUUGGAUGGGGAAAGCCUCAAGCUUCGGUCUCUUCGCGUUAACGUGGGACAGCUGUUGACUAUGAUUGUGCCGGAUCUUGACCUUCAGCAAGUGAACUAUGAUGUUGAUGUGGUCGAUGAGAUCUUAGGACAGGUUGUGGAACAAAUGAGUGAAAUCAGUAGUACAUAAAGUAGGUUUCAUGUGAAAUAAUACAACAUGUGCCAAGUUCUUUCACAUGUACCGCUUCCCCAAUGUCAGCAGUCUUGUUUUACAGAGAAGAUGGCAGACUGCAGAACCCUAAUCUUUACUGUACUCUAUGCACAAGUGAAAUAAAUACCUACGAAUGGUUGUAUUGAUCAGCUGAAUGGCUAACUUAUGAUUGUGUGUUGAAUGUAAAUAUUUGUAAUUAAGCCUACACAUAUUUUUUUAUUGCUCUAAAGUACUUCAGUGUUUUUCACCAAGAGCUUUUCAGGUUGUCCCUAAGCUUGGUGCAGUUUAUUUUCUGGUUCCCAAAAAAGUAUUUUUCUCUGACUUGAUGGCCAUCCUGUAAUACAAACACAGAACAUUACUACCUUUGAUUUUCUUAAAAAAGGAAUGUAGGAUUUUUAAAUGAUGAUGUCCCUGAUAAGUAUGUGCUUAAGAGGGGUUUGAGCAUUAAUGUUUCUUUUCUCUAAACGUCUGUCUCCUGAAAUAUUUAAAAUAUGGUAAGAAAAAUAGACUCCAUGUUUGCCAGGAUUUUUCUUGUGCUGAGAUUGCCAACAGGUUUAAACACAAACUUGUUUUUAUAGGAUAAAGAAACAAUCUUUAGUAUAAAGUACUGAGAAUAUUAAAUGAUCACCAAGUUUACUUUGAAGCCCAUUUUUGGCUGUUUAUUCAGCAGGGAGUGGGCACUAUAAUUAUUUAAUAUUUCUUUUUGUGAAAUUCCUGUACAGCCUUUUGUAGGAUUUCUGUAGAUUAAUGUGAGUUGAGGAAGACAGUCUUUCUCAAACAAUACUGCAUACCUUUGAUUACACCACAAACCUAAAUGUUUUAUAUCCUGGAGCUGAGGGGCACACUGCCCUAGCGUUAUAGUAUUACAUGGCAGAAGAUAGGUUUUAUUGGUUCCAUGUUUGUGCAAUCCUAAAGAGAUGACUUUCUAUUAAAUAUCUAACUGUAUAUAAUUAAGAACCAUAUUUUCCACAAGUAAAAUAUGCAUUAUUUUUUCCAAAGGUUUAUCAUUGCUAUUUAUUUUUACUUUUGUUUCUGAGAAUUCAGUACAUACUCAUUUUGCAUGUUUGUUUAAUUACAUGUACAUCAUAUAGAAUGAAUUUUUAAUGUAUAAUAUCUUGUGGAAGGAGAAAAUAAAUGGAAAUUGUUUUUAUUUGCUUGAUAAGUAAUUGAAAGUGUAUUUUUGGUAUGAAGCUGGGAUUCUGUCAUACUUGUAAUUCCUCAAAUUUUAAAGUACCUUGUAAUAAAAAUAUAUGAUGGCUAA